UCCCAGAUCUUCAACACGUGCACAGUGAGCCUCUCUCUGGCUCCUGAUGGAGGCAGCUGAAUGCAGGCCAGGUUACCUGAGGUUAUCCCACACCUGGAGAGUGAGCCAGCAGGUCCUAUGAUGGGCUGUCCUCACCGAGAGGAAGCAGACAUUGCCCCAGGAGGCUCUGGCCUGAACUUUGGACCUUUUCUUCCAGUGGAAAUCAGUAUCUCAGGAGCCAGUCAUGGCCUCCAAGCCUGAGAAGAGGGUGGCCUCCUCUGUUUUCAUCACCUUGGCACCCCCACGCCGGGACGUCGCAGUGACUGAGAAAGUGGGUCGGGCAGCUUGUGAAGUCCAGCAUGCCCGGCCCUGGGAGACCCUUCCCACAAAGACACCUGCGGCUGGCAUGGGCAGGAACUCCAACGCCUGGGCGCCCUCUGGCAGGACCACUGUUUCUCUCCCUGCAGUUCCACCCCAGCUCUCCAAUGGAGGAUGCUCUCCCCCACCUCCUCUCCUGAAUGACGAAGACCUAGACCUCCCGCCUCCGCCACCACCCCCUUCAGCCUUCCUGCCUCUCCCAGAAGAAGAGCCUCCCAUCCUGCCUGGGGCAUCACUCAUUCCUGACUUGGAACAACUCCACCUGCUCCCACCCCCACCUCCGCCCCUACCACAGGCUCCAUCAAAGGGAUCUUCCGUCCAGACUCGGCCUGGUCACCUCAGACCCUCCGAAGAAGAGCUACCUCCUCCUCCCGAAGAGCCUAUCAACCCUCCAGAGACGGAGUCGUGCACAGAUGUCUGCGGCUUCUGUCACAAGCCUGUGUCCCCUCGAGAGCUGGCUGUUGAGGCCAUGAAGAGGCAGUACCAUGCCCAGUGCUUCACCUGCCGCACCUGCCGCCGCCAGCUGGCUGGGCAGAGAUUCUAUCAGAAGGAUGGACGCCCCCUGUGUGAAGCCUGCUACCAGGACACUCUGGAGAAGUGCGGCAAGUGUGGAGAGGUUGUCCAAGACCACGUGAUCCGAGCCCUGGGCAAGGCCUUUCACCCACCCUGCUUUACCUGUGUGACUUGUGCCCGGUGCAUCGGGGAUGAGACCUUCGCGUUGGACAACCAGAACCAGGUGUACUGCGUGGCUGACUUCUACAGGAAAUUUGCACCUGUGUGCAGCAUCUGUGAGAGUCCCAUCAUCCCCGGAGAUGGGAGGGAUGCCUUCAAAAUUGAGUGCAUGGGAAGGAACUUCCAUGAAAACUGUUACCGUUGUGAGGAUUGCAGUGUGCUCUUGUCUGUGGAGCCCACCGACCAAGGAUGCUACCCGCUGAAUGACCACCUCUUCUGCAAGCCCUGUCAUAUGAAACGGAGUGCUGCUGGCUGCUGCUGA